AUGUCGCUUAUACUAAACAAUCGAUGGCCUCUUGUUGACAUUUGCCUCAAUAUCACCGAUGAAAUGUUUCAAGGUUGGUAUAAUGGGCGUCAAUAUCAUAAAGGUGACAUCACAGACAUAUUGGGUCGUGCAGAGAAGGUGGGUGUUCUUGGCGUUUUAUUGGACGGCUCCAGUCUUAAGAAUAGCAACACGGUCAUUAAGAUGUGCGAAGAGUACACCAGAACUACUUUAAAAUGCCUAUGCACGGUAGGUUGCCACCCCACACACUGCAGUGAAUUUGACGCUGAUCCAAACUCCUAUUUUAACGCGUUGGAUGAGCUUAUUGUGAAGCAUAGCGUCACUCACGGUGGGUGCGUAGCGGCGAUCGGGGAAUUGGGUUUGGACUACGAUCGAACUUCGUUUGCUGCAAAAGAAACCCAGUUAAAGUACUUUGUAAAGCAACUUGAAUUAGCUGAACGCCAUGACCUGCCGUUAUUCUUACACGAACGAAACAGCGGAGGGGAUCUUUACAAAAUCCUCUCUCAGAAUCGUACUCCUACUACUAGAGGCGUAGUACACAGUUUUACAGGUAGUCAGGAGGAUUUAACGGGAUACCUUGAGCUCGGUUUAUAUAUCGGCAUCAACGGUUGCAGCCUCAAGACGCGCAAUAACUUAGAAACGGUAAAACGGAUACCCCUCGAACGACUUUUGAUCGAAACCGACGCGCCGUGGUGCAGUUUAACCUCCACCCACGCUUCCUACGCUUUGCUAAAGGAGCGUGGAAAUGAUAAAGAAGGCGGAGCGUGCGUUUCCGAUAUGAUGCUCUCACAGUUUCCUAUUUGCCGAAAGGAAAAAUACACCGCUGGAGCGCUUGUAAAAGGUCGCUGUGAGCCCUGUCAUCUUGUGCGUGUGCUGGAGGUACUUUAUGAGCUACAUCGUGAAGAUGUAGCAUCAAUUGAGGCACUUGCGGGAAUUAUCACGAAUAACUGCAAGCAACUAUUUCCCUUUUGA